UUUCAUCUCCUUUUCCUCGUUGCUGUGGGCUUGGAGCGGGCUGCCCAGGGAGGAGAUGCAGUCACCGUCCCGGGAGGUGUUUGAGGAAAGGCUGGACGUGGCACUCAGUCCGCGGGCCGCUUCACAGGGGGGUGUUCGGCCGUAGGUUGGUCUCGGUGAUCUCAGAGGUCUUUUCCAGCCCAGUGGAUUCUGUGUGGAGCGGGGCCGCCUGCCCAGCCCGCCCUUGGGUUUCAGUUCUCCUUUUCUGAACAGCGGCUCGGCUCAGGCGCUCUGCAGGGCCGGGGGAGUUCCCAGUGGCGGCAGGUGGUUCUGCGGGCUCAGGUGUGGGCAGGGAUAGGGAUGGGCCAGGGCUGGGAAUCGCUUACGUCUGCGUGGUUAAUGGGCUGCUCUCGGUGUAAGUAAAUCCGUGUUACAGGAAACUUCUUCAAAACAAAUUAGUAGGUAACAGGAUAGUGCAAGAAAAAUAGUUUUAAAAACCUCCAUUAGUGCCUUUUUAGCAAGGUUACAUAUAAGUAGAUACAUGGAGAGCAUUUAAGUUUUAUUAACUUGGGUGGGAAGUUAAUAAAAGUUAAGUGGGAAGUUAAAUAGGGAACGUCUUGGCUAAGUUUUGUUCAGGAAUUGAAAUGCUUGUCUGCAGAUAGCCGUUGUGCAGCCUUCCAUCCUACGUGUUGUUUUCCUUCUUGUCCAUAAUAAUUUACAGCUACCCUAAAUAAGCAUGUGGGUUUUAUUUGUCUUUACUUUUAACGUGUUGUGCAACACUGAAGUUGUCAGUGCUAGCUUUUUUUAGAGCAAGGGUGGCUAUGUGUGACUGGGGGUUUUUUGGGUUUUUUCCCAAAGUGUUUUUCCAUUACUUUUAGUAGCUUUGUAGGUAACAAGCUGUAAUGGCAGACUGGAGGGAGAGCACACAUACCCAAAAUAAAUCCAAAACAUUUUUUUCAUAGCACUUUUAUUUUCAGAGAAACCUAAUCAAAGGAUGAUACAGCUCUAUCUGUGUUUUAUACCAACAUCAAAUUUAUAAUGAACUUUUCUCUGUCUUUAUUCAGGUUGUAUGGAGCUGUCUUUGCUGUCUUAAUCUUAGUAAAGCCUUUUCCAUGAAGUUAAAAAGAGACAGUGGGUAUUAAAAAAAAAAAAAAAAAAACCAAACCAAAACACCUGCUCUAGAAGUCCUUGUUUUACUUUUGAGUGUUCAAACACCAUCGGUUUCCUUAAACUGAAAAUAUGUGUAAAAAAAGAAUUGCAGAAGGUCAAGUAAGAUAUUUAUAAAUUUCAAGCCUUGUUUUAUUUUGUGUCAAUUUGGUAAUAAAUUAUGGGAAACAUAUCUUCCAGCUCCUUAGGAUUGGAAUUUCACAUAAAUGUUUCACAAUGGAUAAAAACUUCCCAGCAAAAAGGCUUGUGAGAAGUCCUUAGGCUUUGUUGGUUGUUUGUUUUGUUUUUUUUUAAUAGUAAGUUCUUUCUCUCCCCUGUGUUUUGUUUUUGUUUUCCUUCUGAGCAGAGCAGACAAGUGUGUUGGCCUGGUACAGUGUAACCCACUUAAUGCCUUAGGGAUGGGCUUUUGUCACAAGAGUUACACUGGGAAGAAUGUGAAUGUACAAGGUAGCCUUGAACCAAUAGAGGCUGCUAUUACUAAGAUUCCCUGAAGGAAAAGGGAAACUAAUGCAAGGGAGAAAGAUGAGCACAUUUGGGCAGAAAUAAUUGCUGGAUAAGAUAUUGAAAGAGUGGAAGCAGUAAUAGAGAAGUAGGUUGCAAGGAGAAUGUCAAAUAGCUCAGGCAUUGUUAGCAGUGUUGGACCACGAGCAGCAGCACUGAAGGGUGUUUUGAAGUUGGCUGAAAGUAACAGAAUAUUUAAGCUGGAAGAUGUUUAACUGUGAACUGCUGAGAAAUGUCAACUCUGAUUAAAUUGAAAUAAAUAAGUUUGCUCAUUUUACUUGAAUUUGGGGAAUGAGGUUGGAGGUGAAGGUUAGGCUUAUGCAAGAUUAAACUGGCAGAGAUAUAAAUGUAGGUAUUUCUCCUGACAAAUUUUGCUAAUUGGCUUUGUGCCUAGCUAGAAGUUAGAAUAAAUGAAGAGAUUCUGGCAGUAGGUGCUGAAAUGAUUUAAUGAUCCAAGGGUUAUGUGAACUUCAUAAUUCCUUCCCUUGGCCAAUGGGUCUUUCAUAGUCCUGGGUCAUGCCAGGCAACUGUUUGAACUGGAAUCCUGAGCUUCAAAGGAGUCAAAACCUUACAAAGAAACCUCCAAAUAAAACUUUUUUGGUAUCUAAAUGAGUGGGAUCAGCUGAAUGACAGUUCAUUUUGGGUUGUGUUCAUAUAAGAAAUUGUAAGUAAUUUCUAGUGAUAUUCUGGUAUGAGAUCAAGGCUGCUUACAACUAGAGGCAAUUUCAAAUAGUCUGUGUUUUCUUUUAGAUAGAUGUUUAAUAAUUUGCUGACAGGUUAUCUUCGUAGUGCAGUGGUGAAAUCACAGGAAGGAAGACUUGUGAGGAGAUUAGGACUUUGAUUUUUGGAAACUUGCAGAUCUGCUAUAGGCAACAAGUUUAACCACUGUAGUGAUUGAGGGCUGAGAAAUGUAAAUCUUCCACAAACAGUCUAGGAAAACAGGAGGAUCUUUUCCCGUAGCAAUGGCAGCAAAAUCAUCACUCCUUAAAGUAAUACUACUAGGAGAUGGUGGAGUUGGGAAGAGUUCCCUCAUGAACAGAUAUGUCACCAACAAAUUUGAUGCACAGCUGUUUCAUACAAUAGGUGUGGAAUUCUUAAAUAAAGAGUUGGAAGUGGAUGGACAUUUUGUUACAAUGCAGAUAUGGGACACAGCAGGUCAGGAACGGUUUAGGAGCUUGCGGACUCCUUUCUAUAGAGGUUCUGACUGUUGCCUGCUAACCUUCAGUGUGGAUGACUCUCAAAGCUUCCAAAACUUAAACAACUGGAAGAAAGAAUUCAUUUAUUAUGCAGAUGUCAAGGAGCCUGAAAGUUUUCCAUUUGUGAUUCUGGGUAACAAAGUUGAUAUCGAUGAAAGGCAAGUAUCUACAGAAGAAGCUCAAGACUGGUGCAGGAAUAAUGGCAACCAUCCCUAUUUUGAAACCAGUGCAAAAGAUGCCACUAAUGUUGCAGCAGCCUUUGAAGAAGCUGUUAGAAGAGUUCUAGCCUCUGAAGAUAGAUCGGAUCACUUUAUUCAAACAGAUACAGUAAACCUUCAUCGGAAACCGAAGCCCAGCUCAUCUUGUUGUUGACUUAAAUUUCUUUUUGCCAAAUUACUGUUGACUAGCUUGCUCUGUAAAAGAAUGGGGAAGGUGUAGUAGGUAGAAUAACAAAUGGGUUUCACUCUAAUAUUAAAACCGUAAUAUUCUGCUGCUUUCGUGGGGGAGAAAAAGAAAAAUCUCCAUUCAUGAGUGACCCGUUAUUGAAUUAGUGAUGCUUUCUGUUUAGGAAGAUCCAAGGAAAAAAUAAUAUAAGAAUAUAAUUUGCCAACUUUGUUCAAAUAUAAUUUGAAUAUAAUUAAAACUUGAAAGUUCUAGAAGCACUACUUUGGAGAAGCUGUUCUGGAAUUCAGGCACAAAGAUACUUUUAUAUGUGUAUAUUUUUAUGAAAUUGCCAUUCCACUUUUGUUUCAUUAGAUGUCAGUUUCUUAAUGCUAGAUAUUAAACUUCAGUCUCACUACAUUCCUUUUGCUGUGGGUGGUACUUCAUCUCUAAUGUGGUUAUUAUAAGUUAAUAUAAAUUACGUCCAGGUCUUCUAAUUGCCUAAUGUUGCUGUAAUUUGUGUAAGUUUGUAAGUAGGAAGUAAAUUUCCUACGUAUUUAAUGUCCGUUUUCUCCCAUAUACUAUUCUAAUGCUGCACUAAUUUUUCCAGUGGUUUAAUGCAAAAUACUGAUCAUUUUUAAAAUUAAUGUGUGUCCUUGCCUUAAGUCCAUUCUGGCACGUUUCUGAUUAAUAAGGUGAAAAAUCUGAGUAACUGAAAUAUAACCAUUUUUUGAAAAAGAAAUGCUUUAUUCAGUCAGCUUUAAUAGCACUUGAAAGGAUACAUAUUGUGACAGUUUUUUAGGAAAACUUGUGUACAGCCUUAGAAGUUCCAAACUUCUGUUCCUGUUAACCUGAGCUAUGAAUGUGUUUACCUGUAAUAUCUGCACUGUGAUAUUAAGGAAUGGCAAUAUGUAGAGAACUCAGGAAGCUCUUGACUUAAAGUAGAUUUGACAGCUUUCAGUCCUAAUACAGGUAUAUAACUAUAGAUAGUAUUUGAGCUGAAUUUGAUCAUUAUUAAAAUUGCUAUUUUAGGAUAUGGAGUUGCACCUUUAAGAGAUAAUGUGUUUUAUAUUACGGAAUUCAUUUCAUAAUUAUGAACCAGAGCAAAAUCUGUAUUUCUUGGACAGUUUUGUGCAGUCAGGCAGACAAAACUACAGGUGUUUUUGAGGCUUUCAGCUGCAGUUUAAGUGGUAGAAUACUUGUAUGAGAAAUGGUUAUUGGCUCUCAGAGUAACCACUGUCCUUGCAAUAGCAAAAUUGCUAGUCCACUCACAAUUGCUUCCAUCUGUAAUUGACUGCUAACAGGCACGCAUGUGGUCUGAGAGAGGAAGUUUCAUGCUGCAGCACAGGCCAUGUUAUUCAUUAAACAACUGCUUUUUGUACAGAAACUUUGUUUCAAUGGAAAAGCCUUUCUUGAGAGUACAUUACCAGCAAGCACUUUAUCUUAAAAGUAUCUGAUUAAUCUGUACCAGGUGUAAUUAUUUGGAAGUAAAGCUUGCAAAAACAAACCA